AUGAAGCUGCUCUGGGUGCUCUCGCUGCUGGUGGCCUCGCGUGUCCCCACUGUCCAGAGCUUGCCAGAGGACGACUUCGAGGACAUCACUGUCAACGUGUCCCAGCCCCUGCACAUCCUGGAGGAAGGCAACCUGAUGGUGCUGACGCCCGCCGGCCUGGCCCAGAUGCUGAACGAGACCCGCUUCCUCAUGGUGCUUUUCUACAACCCAUCCUCCAAGCAGUCCAGGAACCUAGCCGAGGAGCUGGGCAAAGCCGUGGAGAUCAUGGGCAAAGGCAAGAACGGGGUCGGCUUCGGCAAAGUGGACGUCACGGUUGAGAAGGAACUUCGGAAGGAAUUUGACAUUCAGAAGACUCCGGAGUUGAAGCUGUUUUUUGAGGGCAACAGGUCGGAGCCCAUCAGCUGCAAAGGAGUGGUUGAAUCUGCCGCCUUGGUCGUCUGGUUGAGAAGACAGAUUAGCCAGAAGGCGUUCUUGUUCACUGACACCCAGCAGGUGACAGAUUUUGUGAAAUCCAGGCCUUUGGUCAUCAUCGGCUUCUUCCAGGAUCUAGAGGAUGAAGCGGCAGAGCUGUUCUAUGAAGUGAUCAAAGGCUUCCCAGCGCUGACAUUCGGAGUGAUCGCGAUCCGUGACGCCGUCGGCCGUUUCCACGUCACCCUGGACAGCGUCCUGGUGUUCAAAAAGGGAAAUAUUGUGAAUCGCCAGGAGCUUCUGAAUGACAGUACAAACAAGCAAAUCCUCAACCAGGUCAUAAAGCAGCAACUCACAGGUUUUGUCAUCGAAUACAACACCGAGAAUAAGGAUCUGAUUUACGAGCUGCACAUCCUGAAUCACAUGCUGCUCUUCGUCUCUAAAAGCUCCAGGGCCUUUGGUUUGAUAAUGCAGCAUUACAAGCUGGCUUCGAAGGAAUUCCAAAACAAGAUCCUUUGCAUCCUCGUGGAUGCAGACGAACCCAGAAAUGGACGGAUCUUCGAAUACUUCCGGAUCACAGAGGUCAAUGUCCCAUCUGUCCAAAUCCUAAAUCUGAGCUCCGACGCGAGCUACAAAAUGCCGUUUGAGGACAUAACCUUCCAAAACCUCAAGAAAUUCGGCCGCAGCUACCUGAAUAGAAGUGCCAAGAAACAUCAGCCCAGCGAGGAGAUCCCAAAAUACUGGGACCAGGGGCCAGUGAAGCAGCUGGUAGGGGAGAACUUCAACCUCGUCGUCUUCGACAAAGAGCGGGAUGUUUUUGUGAUGUUCUACGCUCCCUGGUCCAGCAAGUGCAGGGCCCUGUUCCCGGUGUUGGAGGAGUUGGGCGUAAAGUAUCAAAACCACUCUACAGUCACCAUCGCCAAGAUCGACAUCACAGCAAACGACAUCCAGCUGAUGCACCUGGACCGCUACCCCUUCUUCAGGCUCUUCCCCACCAACUCUCAACAGGUGGUAAAGUAUAAGGGAGAACAUACCAUGCGAGGCUUUUCAGACUUCCUGGAAAGUCAAAUCAAGACCAGGACUGAGGAGAGCGAGGAGCGAAUGUCGACUGAGCAGAGCGAAGAGGUAGAAGAAGAGAUCUUAGCUAAAGAGGAGGAGGUACCUUUACUACAGGAAGAGUCGCCCGAGCAGAAUUUGCCGGAGCCGGAGAAUGUGACCCAGCUGGAGGAGCCAGAGGGGCAGACGGAAGCAGCUGAGGAGGAGGAGGAGGAGGAGAAGGCGGUUAAGCCAAAGAAGGGACAGUCCGGACGGGAGGAGAAAGCGGGAGCGAAGGAAGAACUGUAG